AAACAAUCUCUGUCAUUGAUUCAUGAUCAAAGAACUGUAAUCGAUUACAACUGUACACGGCGUGAAAUCCGUUUCCGAUUCUAAAGAUCAAUAUCAACCCUUGAUUAGAAAAUGAAAAGUUUGAAUAGUAUUACACAAGAGAAAAUGAAAAUAGUAUAUAGAAAUAGAAGAGUCACAACAAAACAAAACAAAGGCACAAUAAGCAACUCUCACCCUCCAACUCUCACACCUUCUUUCUUUCCUCAAAACCUUGUUUUUCACUCUUUCACAUUUCUUGUCCAAUCUCCACCCAAACAACCCCACCCUUUUUUCCUCUCUUUCCUCUCUCCCUUGAUAUUUCUCAAUUUUUUUUGGUUUCAAGGAGAGAGAGAGAGAAAAAGAGAGAAAUAUCUCUCCCUCCUUCAUCAAUGGAAAUCACCUCAAGAUUUCAUCAUGAAAGAGAAAAUCCAUCUCCAAUGAACUCACCAAAAAGCAAUGUAAGUAAUUGCAUGAGUAGCAGCAAUUCCAAUAGCAAUGGAAUCCAAAUUCCAACACCACCUCUCACUCCAAAAACAAUCCCUAGAUCUGAUUCAAAUCCUUAUCCAACAACUUUUGUUCAAGCUGAUACAACUACUUUCAAACAAGUAGUUCAAAUGUUAACAGGUUCAUCAGAAACACCAACAACAGCACCAACAACACCAACAACAAAACAUCAACAACAUCAUCAACAACAUCAAGAUCUACCUCAACAAACAAGAAACUUUAACAUCCCACCAAUCAAAACAGCACCAAAGAAACAAGGUUUCAAAUUAUAUGAAAGAAGGAACAGUCUUAAGAACAGUGUUCUUAUGCUCAAUACUCUGAUGCCAAAUUUUUCACAGAAUUCUAAUUUCUCAUCACCAAGAAAACAACAUCAUCAACAAGAGAUUCUUUCUCCAAGUUUGCUUGAUUUUCCUUCACUUGCUCUUAGUCCUGUAACACCAUUAAACGAUGAUGCUUUUGAUAAAUCUUCACCUUCAUUAGGAAAUUCAUCAGAAGAAGACAAAGCUAUAGCUGAAAAAGGUUACUAUUUACACCCCUCUCCUAUUACUACACCAAGAGAUGCAGAGCCACAGCUUCUACCUCUGUUCCCUGUUUCUUCACCUAGAGUUUCACAAUCAAGUUCUUGAGGAUGAAAGAAUUGAUUGUUGUGUAAAAGAUUGAAACUUGCUAUGUGGGUCAUUUAGAUUGAGAAAUUUACUACAUGGGUUUUGAAAUUUGAAUCAUUUCAAUUUCAAAAUUACAACAAGGUACAAAUACAUAGCUUGGUUUAAUUUGUAAAAGUGGAUUUCUUAAUCUUAAUCAUGAAAUGGUUAAGAUAAUCUUUAAUUCUCUCAUGUUAAUUUUGUUUUCAACUUUUCCAAAUAUUUGCUAUCAUUUACCUUUCCAUAAAUGAAAGAAGAAGAAAAAAAUUCUCUUUGUCUAA